GCAAAGGGGGCGGGACGUCUGUGUUCCUUGUCGCUCGCCGCAGCGCUUGGCGCCCGGGAAGAGGUGGUUGUAGGGGAAACGAGCUAGCGGCUUUCCGGCUUCCGAGGCUUGAGGUUCAGCAGAGGGGGGGCCGGCAAGCGAGAAGGAUCCGCGGCAGCCGGGCCUCGGCGACUCUCCUGCUGACCUCCGCGCGACGUACCCGCCGCCGCUGUUGGUUGGAGCAUUUGACAUUGUGCAGCAAAGAAAUGGUUAUGGAGAAGCCCAGUCCGCUGCUUGUAGGGCGGGAGUUUGUGAGGCAAUAUUAUACUUUGCUGAAUAAAGCUCCGGAAUAUUUACACAGGUUUUAUGGCAGGAAUUCUUCCUACGUUCAUGGUGGAGUAGAUGCUAGUGGAAAGCCCCAGGAGGCUGUUUAUGGCCAAAAUGAUAUACACCACAAAGUAUUAUCUCUGAACUUCAGUGAAUGUCAUACUAAAAUUCGUCAUGUGGAUGCUCAUGCAACCUUGAGUGAUGGAGUAGUUGUCCAGGUCAUGGGUUUGCUUUCUAACAGCGGACAGCCAGAGAGGAAGUUUAUGCAAACCUUUGUUUUGGCUCCUGAAGGAUCUGUUCCAAAUAAGUUUUAUGUUCACAAUGAUAUGUUUCGUUACGAAGAUGAAGUAUUUGGUGAUUCUGAACCAGAACUUGAUGAAGAAUCAGAAGAUGAAGUAGAAGAGGAACAAGAAGAAAGGCAGCCAUCUCCAGAACCUGUGCAAGAAAAUGCUAACAGUGGCUACUACGAAGCUCACCCUGUGACUAAUGGCAUAGAGGAGCCUUUAGAAGAAUCCUCUCAUGAACCUGAACCUGAGCCAGAAUCUGAAACAAAGACUGAAGAGUUGAAACCACAAGUGGAGGAGAAGAACUUAGAAGAAUUAGAGGAAAAGUCUACUUCUCCUCCUCCAGCUGAACCUGUUUCUCUGCCACAAGAACCACCAAAGGCUUUCUCCUGGGCUUCAGUGACCAGUAAAAACCUGCCUCCUAGUGGUACUGUUUCUUCCUCUGGAAUUCCACCCCAUGUUAAAGCACCAGUCUCACAGCCGAGAGUUGAAGCUAAACCAGAAGUUCAGUCUCAGCCACCUCGUGUUCGUGAACAACGACCUAGAGAACGACCUGGUUUCCCUCCCAGAGGACCAAGACCAGGCAGAGGAGAUAUUGAACAGAAUGAAUCUGACAACCGUAGAAUAAUUCGCUAUCCAGACAGUCAUCAACUUUUUGUCGGUAACUUGCCACAUGAUAUUGAUGAAAAUGAACUGAAAGAGUUCUUCAUGAGUUUUGGAAACGUUGUGGAACUUCGCAUCAAUACCAAGGGUGUUGGGGGAAAGCUUCCAAAUUUUGGUUUUGUGGUUUUUGAUGACUCUGAACCAGUUCAGAGAAUCUUAAUUGCAAAACCAAUUAUGUUUCGAGGGGAAGUACGUUUAAAUGUGGAAGAGAAAAAAACAAGAGCUGCAAGAGAGCGAGAAACCAGAGGUGGUGGUGAUGAUCGCAGGGAUAUUAGGCGCAAUGAUCGAGGUCCUGGAGGUCCACGUGGAAUAGUGGGUGGUGGAAUGAUGCGUGACCGGGAUGGAAGAGGACCUCCUCCAAGAGGUGGCAUGGCACAGAAACUUGGCUCUGGAAGAGGAACCGGGCAAAUGGAAGGCCGCUUCACAGGACAGCGUCGCUGAAGCUCCACUGUUGGCAAAGUCUCGGCAGUGGUACAUUAUUCAUCGUGUUUGCAUUCUUGUUAAUUUUUUUUGGCUUUGGAAUGUGACACAGCCUUUUUGAUCAUUUCUUUGAUGUGAAAAGCAUCUUUUGGUUACCAGUUAAAUUGAGGUGGACAUUAUUUCCCCAUUUUCACAACAGGAUUCACAUUGUUAAUUUAUAAAUCUAGACUUGGAGAAUUGAGGACUGAGAAAUGACCAUAUCUUAAACUGUCUACAGCAAAAUGAACUUAAAAGGACAUGCCCAACUGAAUUCAGGUCCUAUGAGUCAAAAAAUCCUCUGCUGCACAUUUUGUUUAAGUGUUACUGUUUCUGCCUGUUAAUGUUGGAAACACAAAUAGUGCAAUUUGUGCAAUUGGAGAAUCUUGCCUUUUUUCUUGGCUCCCCCCAAAAAUCCAAACCAACAGAAACUUGUUACGCACUCAUCAAAAUGCACUAAUGGGUACUCUGAACUCAUUAAUAUUGACAUCUGCAACAAGAGGCAACAGGGGAAAAAAAUCUUUCAUCUUUUUUUCCGGUAGAGAAUAGUUUGUGAAAUGAUGAGGGCAUUUUAUCUGCUUGCUGUGACCAGCGUGUAUACACAUAAACCUUAACAAGACUACAAGUAUAUUCCAGAAGGAAAUCAUUUAGUUAUGAACUAAAUAACAAAAAUCAGAACUUCAGAUGCUAUGGUCUUGAAUAUUAGACCAGAUUUAGUAGCUCCAUAUCUAAGGUUUUUCUACCUGCCCCUCUACAGUACAGGGAUGGCUGGCUGCUCAACACACUCCUCCUCCCCUUUUUCCUUUCUUUAAGCUGUGUACAGUGAAAAUUGUCUUUACUGUAUUUUUGUUCUCUGGUAAUGUAAUAAGCAUGAUGGUGCCUUCUAUUAAUACAUCAUUCCAGUCUUGCUGGUAAUUUUGUACAGUAUAGUGUAUGAAUUGCUGUGCUGCAAAGCCAAACAGCUGCAAAAUGUUGAAAAAUCAUUGAAGUGCAUAAAAAUUGCAGUAUCUUUAAAAUCGGUAAAAUUGACUAGCAUAUUAUUUAUCUUGUUCUUCAGUUAACAACUUUGUGUUCCUUGUGGGACGGAGUCUUGUGUGUUUGGGAGGGAGAGAGAAAGAGGAAGUCAGUUUUUUGAGUAAAUCUCUUGUUGACUUUUCUCUUAGCAUGAAUGUGAACGUUGAAGUGUUAUCACUUCAGAGGUGCUUGGAAAAGUCAGUCAACUUGGUGUACGUUUUUAGUAACAUUGUAAAAGCAGUCAGAGUCUGUAAAGGCAAGUAAACCUGGAAGUGAGGAUACUGCAAUUUUCAGAGAAAAGAACAGCAGCUCUUAAGUGUUUGCAUUUUCUAUUUGGGGGGCAGGGAACUGUCAUUCGUUUUGCACAAUUCUUGAACUGAUGUCAGCACCCGAGUGGCUCUGAAUUUAAGUCUGGGACGACAUCUUUUAUUUUUACAUGAAUCUCUUAAACAAUUCUGUGAGCAAAGUUUGUAGCUGCUGGAUUGUCUGUCUUUAUAGCAAGUUCCAGUAAACCGCAAGUAUGACAAAGGAUAUCCAAUUUUAUUCCUGGAGCAUUCAGUACAUGCCAGUUUCUGAUGUUUCAGGCUAGGAGUGGGGUAAAUAAGUGUGACCACUUAAAGCUGCUUGUUAGCAUGGAAGACUUCUCCAUUCUAUCGUAGUAAAAACAAACAAAAAAUGCACUUGACAUAGUAGCAGACUGCUUCUGAAUUGUGGAACUGUUUGCUAUUUAGUAAACUAGCAAAUGAUGCACAUAUUCUGUUUUUCAUGUACUGGGCAAUAUAAGUAAAAUUAAAUCUGUCCUUUUUUGGUUCUUGAAUGAGGUCUUCCAUGUUUGAGGAAAAGUCUUGCACUAUUGCAUAUAUUUUGGGGACACAGAUUUCUCAGUUUCCAUUUUGGGGGGCUUAAGAAUUUUUUUUUUCCUGUUUGAAACACUUUUACACUUUCUGAUGUAUAGUACUUGAAGUUCUUACCAGAAAAUUACUUUGCAGUUUUGAAGCCUUUAUUCAAACUACUUUCAAAUAAGUGAUUUAUUAUUGUCAGUGUUUUGUUUUUUAUAGCAUAUUUUCCCUCCUUUAUUUCUUUCUCCUUCCCAUUUUAUAUAUAGAGAGAAUUUCCAGUCCAACAUAUUGCCCUGCCGCCCAUGAAAACUGUUCUGGCACCAAAAGCAAUGACAAAUGUUAAGUGUAAUAGAAAAUUAGAGCAGAAGAGCCAUUCAGCUUCAGUCUUUACAUACCAUGAAUAAGACAUUAAAAAACAUCACAUGGAGAAGUUUACAUGGUGAUUGUUCACCUGCAGUACUGUGGACUUUUAACAUUUUGUCCCCUUUUCAGUGAACCAGAGUAAAAAUAUUCAUCUACCGUUACUGUUAUUUGCUGAUUUUUUUUUUUUUUUUUUGAUGGUAAUGUUCUAUCCUAAUGACACUAUUGCAACCAAAUUGGCUUUACCAUCUUGGCUUUAGUAGGUAUAGAAGACAAUGGAUUACCAUCUUUAUUGCUGUAAUGUGUUAAGCAUUAUAUGCUAGUAGAAUCUAGUUUAAUUGUUUCAGGUGGAAAGUAUUCUUUGAGUUUCCAUUUUGAAUGUGUUUGGACUAAACAAACAAUAAACUACUGAUGUCUGCAGCAUUUUAUAUCUAUGUCCCUAAUUUAAUCUAUAAGUUUGUGUUCCAAAAUAUUUUCUCCCAAUUGCAUUUCAUACAACCUAAGUAAAAAUAAGGAAUUGUUCUAUAACCAUCUGCUUGUCAUUAAUGUAUGAAAAAGUAAAACAUUUAAUUAAGACUUGAACAUUGUUUCAGAUCCAUUCCAGUUCAGUUAGAUAGCUGGUAUACAAGUUAAAGAAUGUUAGAACAGGGUAAUAAAUAGUAAGGAAGGUGAGAAUGAUCUAAAGCAGGCUAGUAAACAUUUAUUUUUUUAAAAGUUGAGUUUUCCAAAGGAUUGCUACCUCAUCUCAGAAGGAAAGGAGAAAGGGGAUAGGAAGAUUGAGGUUGUCUGAAGUUAUGGACAUGACCCAUUCAGAAAUUGGAACAUAUUUAUCAAGCUCUAAAAGAAUAUUAAAGGAGAAAUAAUCAUGUAGUCAUAUUUAUGAAUAUAUAAUGAAGUGCUAAGGCAUAUAUAAUUUCAGAACUUGAGACUUCCUUCAUUAAAGGGGAUGGUAUAAAUCACUUUUUCCUGAUAUAUUCGUAAUACUGUUUAUGGAGAUUCCUUAAAUCAGUCUUUACAAAUUUGUGCAUAACUCUGGCUGUGAAAAAACAUUUUUUAGAGGGAUAAAAUGUAUAUGCCACACUGUAUUGAACACAAAUAAAUUUGAAGGAGCCAA